AUGACAUCUCCUUUUGCUAGCCAGGCAUUGAUGCAUCAUGUCAGAAAUCUCACCCCCGGCGGCUGGCUCGAGCUCCAGGAAUUCGGCCUACCCCUCUCUGACGACAACACCCUGAAAGAGGAGCACGCUCUCUAUCAGUCCAUGAAGCACCUUGGUGAGGCAGCAGCCAAGACGGACCACGCCUUUGUCGACCUCGACGCGCUCAAGCCCAUGCUAGAGGCCGCCGGCUUCGUUGACGUGGCGGAGCUGCGAUUCAAGUGGCCCAGCAACACAUGGCCGCGAAACGCAAAGUUCAAGGAGCUCGGCGCGUGGAAUUACGAGAACAUCACGACCGGUCUGCAAGGGUUCCUCAUGGCAGCCCUCACGCGCGGGCUGGGCUGGAAGGCGGACGAAGUCAACGUGUUGGCCGCGCAGGCAAGGAAAGAUGUUGGGGACCGGAGCAUUCACGCCUACUGGCCCAU